GAUCCAAAUCUAAACCAUAUUGGAACGAGUUCUCAAGAUGGAUCUGCCGCUUUUGAUGGCGGUUUAGUGGUUAAGGGUAGGGGUGGUACGGUGUGUUAAAAGUGUUGUUUGUGUCGCUAAAUAUGGAUCAGCUGAGAGUUCCCAAACAUAGCUCCGGUGUAGCGAAGUGCAUCGAAGGGACACAUUAGUAGUCAAAGGAAUUGAUUGUUUUAUGAUACUGAUCAUGUUGUAAGGCGUAGAGUUCUUAAUCGAAUUCAUCUAAAAACAUACCGGAUUUGAUUUACCACAUUGGUUGUAACCUGUCUGGCCGGUGUGUAGAUUUGAAUUCUCCAUCGUUGGAUUUUUUUUUGUUAUUUAGGAAGAGACAGGUAGUAUCAAGAUUUAUUUUCUCAAAACGUAGCCGGAUAGUCUGUCCUUACUACGGAGACCCGGUCCUAAUGGGUGGAAGCAGUGCCGCUAUAAUUACAACGAAGCAACCUCACACAAUACUUUGAAGACCUGUCCAUUGAAAUAGUUUUGAUCACGAACAAUCAGAGAAUAGGAACAUUUUACUAAGAACGAUUUUACGCAAUCAGUUACGCAAGAUAUGCGUUCCAUUCUCUGCUCGAGAGUUCCGGUAACCGUUUUCUACAUUACAUAAAGUGCUAAACAUGAGGAUGCACAUGUUCGGACGUGAUCUUACAAAGUGUUAGAAAGAAGAAUUCCUAACACGAUCCUCGAUUAGAAAACAUCAAUCCGAAAGUGUCAACAGGGCUGAAAUGAAAGUGAAUGUGCACCACUUUCGCACAGAUGCACUCGGUGCUAAUCAUGCCCUAACGUUUUGUUGUUACCGUACAGACCCCCCGGUUGGGAAAAGGAUGCCUUGAGGAAGCAGUUGUUACUUUCAUUCAACUUGCGACAUUUAGCACAUAGAGCGAUGACGAAUAGUUUACUUCUGAACACGAAGAAGAUUGUGGCAGAUGAUCGAUCGGAAGUGAAGCAACAGACAUCGGUAUCAUUUCCAAACCAUCUACGGUACGGAAAUGGAGCUGUUUGUUUCAGCUGUUGUCUGUCUGCUUAUACUAUUGGUGACUUUGGUGGCUGGAGAGUCAACUACUGUGCGUUCUAAUCUAUCCAGUAAUGCCCUCAUGGAGGCCCGGUACGAUCAUUACGAAGACAUUUUUCGAUACUGGUGGCCAUGGUUCAGCGAUCUAGCAACGGUUGUCGCCAUAAAGCUAAAGAUAUGGAUUGUUUUAGUCGCGAUGCACGUCUUCGGUGAUGGUUACUAUUGGUCCAAAUGGACCGGUUCGAGUGUUUUCGACAAAGGACAAUUUGUGCAACAAUCUCCUGGGUUUGGUUGGGGUCGUCGUCGGAAGCGUAGAUCCGUACGGAUGGGUGAAGAAGGAAAGGACGCGAAUAUGGCAGAACUGAUAUUUGACAAACUGGACAUCAAUGAUGAUACAUGUCGAAGGCGUGUCGUGUGCGAACUUUAUCUCGAAGGCAAACGUGUACCAGAAGUUUGGAGAGUUUUGAACGAAUCGGGCUAUGAAGUGUUUCGUGCGUAUCGUCCAAAAAGUACUGUGUUAAGUUCAUCAGAAUGUAGCAAACUAUACAAAUGUGAACUGCACAAGGCACAAGAUGGUUUAGUACAGCUGAAACAAAGAAACUCCCCAAGUGCAAACAACGAAGAUGACUGGAGAUGGCCACGUUAGGAACUUGAACACAAGUUGUGCAUAGUUUUUAAGAUAUUUAUUUGAUCGACUUAAGUGUAUGGAGUAGUAUUGAAGUAGUGUUUUGUUAGGCUAGGGCUCAGGAUAGCAGCGAACAGGACCACUUUGAAAAACACCCAUAUUUGUGUGAUGUAUACAAACACGAACAAGUAUCGAAGAGCGGUGACUACAUCUGUAAAUAAAAAGAUACAUUAAUGCUCUUCUGGAAGAUUUAUUUAUUCUUUAUAUACCAUACCAAAUGGCUUA